GCCGCCUGCUUCUAUAAACACGCGCAUCCCAUGCAGGCUGUCACGUGGCAACUCUCGUCUCCGUGAAGCGCACAUCGGCUUUUGAACUCGUGUGUAGCAGGUGGAUGAUACAAAUGCUACGAUUCUUCUUCUUCCUCCUGUGCGUGUCUCCAUGUCUUCUGACGGAGAUUACAGCGAGUGGACAGUCUGGAUGCCCUGACAACUUCAUCAAUCCGAAAGACUGGAACAACACAAGUUGUGAGACAGACAAGGAGUGUGGGCAGCCAAACGCGCUGUGCUACAUGGGCAAGUGUGUCUGUCAACCUGGAUUUUUCUACUCAGCAUCUGAUUAUACAUGCACUGCCACAUGCGAACCAUCGGAGUUGCACAACACCUUCAUGGAGUAUCCAGACAGCGGUAUCAGAGGCCACAACCUGGAGGUCAUGGAUGGACUCUGCCUGGAAGACUGCAGGAACCUGUGUCUGAGUACAAAGCGCUGCCUGACCUUUGACUUCAGAGGCGUAGGAGGCCUGUGUGUGUUCCAUGACGUCACCGCGCGCCAGGCGCCCGCAGGGUGGUAUCCUCAGACCGCCGAAGGCUGGAGCCACUACCACAGAUCCUGCCUGACGGUCUUCGCCUCCUCCCGUGUGUGGUACAACUUACUGUGUAACACCGACCUGGACUGCCCUGACCCCUACAGCCAGUGUGUGUCAGGCAGAUGUCUGUGUCCUCGUGGCACACACUACAAUCAAACGGAGAAUGCGUGUGUUCCUGCACGACAGUCAUGUGACGACUGGCGCAAGACAGGAGGCAAGACUGGCGUCUACGCCAUUGAGCUGCCAGACAGCGAGGACACCAUGACAGUGUGGUGCGACAUGGACUCUGGCAACGGCAGCUGGCUGGUGUUCCAGAGACGUCGCGAUGGCUCGGUUGACUUCUACCGGAACUGGACGGAAUAUGAACAGGGCUUUGGUAAUGUCUCUGGAGAGUUCUGGCUGGGCUUGUCAAGGCUUCACACCCUGACCAAAGGGAGACCCACCCGACUGCGUAUAGACAUUGGCGAGGUUACCGGAGAACGUUACUACGCUGAGUACUCGACAUUCAGGGUGGACGGUCCUGAGACAAACUACACACUGACCGUGUCCGGCUACUCGGGUAACGCGGGUGACAGCAUGGCGCUUCACAACAAACAGAAAUUUUCAACCUAUGACCGAGACAACGACAGGUGGUCUACUGGCAACUGUGCCGCUCACUAUAACGCCGCCUGGUGGUACAACUUGUGUCACGUGUCUCACCUCAACGGCCGAUACAAGUCUGACGGCGCCGAUGCUGAUGACGGCAUCAGAUGGUAUCACACCCACUAUGACAGCAGGAGCUUCACCUUCAGCGAGAUGAAAAUGCAACCAGUGUAACACCGCCUUGUCUCCUGUACUCUCACUGCUUACACCCUCAGUCUACUCUACACCACACGUGACACUCGUGACGUCACCUCAGUGUAGAUGACUGGUCUCGCAAUACCAAGCGAUGUAAAUGUCGAGCAGCAUACUGUACUUAAUUGUUGCUCACUGAUUCCUAUAUACAAGAAUCAUAUUUCUUCUUUUAGUUUGGUUUCACUUUACGUAAACCAAAAUGUUUAUAGCCUAGACAAUUGUUUUUAUUUAUGAUUAAAUUAACACAUUAGUUGUGCGUAGGUUGUAGAAAAAGUGGAAUGAUCUUUAGUCAUAUCUGAUAGUUUAAGCAAGUAUGGAGGUUAACACAGUGUUGAGCUGUUAACAGUUAAGCGAUAGUUUCAUUGUAAGAAUAAUUAAUAAACACAAACACUAAUUGAAUGAAA